AUGCGGAGGAUGAGCGGUCAUAGGCUCUCGCUGCUGUUGGUGGUGUUGACGGCACUGGUGGCGUUGACGACGGCGGCAGAGUACAAUGUGGUGGACUACGGCGCGAGGCCCGACGGCGGGACAGACUCGGCGGGGGCGUUCCUGGCCGCGUGGGGUGCAGCAUGCAAUGACACGGGGCGCUCCGGCUCCCGGCCGGUGCUCCGCGUGCCGGCGGGCAACUUCCUAGUCAGCCGGGCCUACUUCAAGGGGCCCUGCCGGAGCGCCGGCGUGGACGUGGUCAUUGACAACAAUAGCACCGUCUUCGCGCCGCCGGCAGUGGAUAGCAGGGCGUGGAUCAUGUUCCACCAUGCCGACGGCCUGGCGAUCCGUGGUGGGACGCUGGACGGGCAGGGGCAGGAGUACUGGGCGUGCAAGAAGGCCGGCAGGUGCACCGCCGGGCAAGGCCCCAGGACGCUCGACAUUAGCCAGUCCAAGGGCGUGAGCGUGAAGCAGCUGACGUUGCUCGACAGCAAGGAAUUCCACAUGACCAUCUUCGACUGCACCGGCAUGACGGUCCAAGGCGUCCGGAUCAUCGCGCCGGCCGACAGCCCCAACACCGACGGCAUCCACGCUAGCCACUCCCACCACGUGAGGAUCCUCAACACCACCAUCGGCACCGGCGACGACUGCAUCUCCUUGGGGCCUGGCACCUCCGACAUGCUCAUCAGGGACAUCAAGUGCGGUCCGGGCCACGGCAUCAGCAUCGGGAGCCUGGGAUGGCAGGACGGUGAGGAGGGGGUGAGGAACGUGACCGUGGACAGGGCGGUGCUGAAGGGCACGACCAACGGCCUGCGGAUCAAGACGUGGGCGAUGCCCAACUCCGGCUCCGUCACAAACGUCUCCUUCUCACGGGUCACCAUGAACCGCGUUGGCAACCCCAUCCUCGUCGACCAGAACUACUGCCCCCGCAAGGUCGACUGCCCGGGUAAUAGCUCGGGGGUGCAGAUCAGCGACCUGUCGUACACGGACAUCAAGGGCUCGUCGGCGACGCCCGUGGCGGUGAAGUUCAACUGCAGCGGCACCAACCCCUGCAGCGGGAUCAAGCUCAAGAACAUCAGGCUGAGGUACCGGCACCAGCGGCCGGCGCAGGCCAAGUGCCAAAACGCCGUCGGGUCCGUGUCCGGAGAGGUCACACCGCCGAGCUGCUUCUGA